CUAGCCAUUACGAUUGUUACGUUCCGAGGCUAAUAUAACGCAAAACGAUUUAGAUUAGCUUAUAUCAGGACUAUUCAAAGCUAGACAAUGGCUCUAAUUCCACUACGCUAGUCCUCUAUGUCUGUUACGUUUUUUACGGUCCUGAACUUCAUCAACUAAUCACGGCCUUCUACUUCAUAUCUGCCAUCUUAUUAUCUCUUAUAAAAUUAAUUUUUUUCCCAAUAUGGCUGAAAGUUGCCAAAAUAAUGCUGGAGAAAAUAUGUUGAGUAGCACUCCUGGAGACAGUCAAUCAUUGGAUAAACGUGUUGCAGCUGGCCAGCUAAUCAAGCGUUAUUAUUUCCAGUUGACUGAAGGCUGUGGUGAUCCAAACUGUAAUAAUGAAAACUGUGCCUCUAGCAAAAAAAUUCAAGCUCUUUCCCCAAACCAAGCUGCGGCUCAAGCUCUGGAUUUAUUUGCCCGUAAAGGAAGGUUGUGUGUUGGCACUAACAAAAAUGAAUUACCAAACACACUGUUUCCUGAAAUUACAUCUGCAAGCAGUAGUGCUCUAACUGAUCAGCAAUUGCUUAAACAGGGCUUAUGGGUGCCUCCAACUUCCAACGUGCCCAGCCAUUCUACCGGCGACAAAUCAGUUAUUUCCAAAAUAACGAAAUUGACAGAAACGAGUUUCAAAAAGAUUAUUGACAAUUGCAAAGAAUAUGGAAUUUACUCAAAGCUAGUCCAUACCUUGGGCCACAUCUUCGCCAAUCCGGAAUUAUUAGGACAAAGUUUUAUUGGGCCUAUGAGCGACCAAUGUACAUCGACUGCGGCACACGGUCAAUUGAGUAAAGAACAACUGCGCUCGAUGGAGGUGGACUUGGAUAAAGACAGUGACAGCCAAGAAGCCGUUGCGGAAGCGCGUCUACAGGAGAUGGGCCAAGAAGUCACUGUUGAUGUCUGUUCCAUCCGCCGAUCGUUUGAAGCCUUAAGCUCAAUAGAAUCGCAAAACUAUGAAAGCGCCUUAGUCCACGCCCUUAUUCUUCUAUGCGAAACCAUUGAACUUGACAUGAAGUAUGGAAGGCAAAAAGCUGAAGUCAAUUUGCUCAACGUCUUUGUCGUCGUCUUCGAACUACCCUGGUUGGGCUCCGGUGACUACUUUGAAAGUGUCUUGCCGAGUUUGUGCCGUGCCUGUGCUUUCUUAUCUUUAUCCCAACAAGCUACUCUAGUCCGAUUCUGGGCCGCUCAUAGUGUCCCAAAUCUUCGAAAUCUGGUCCAAACACUCCAACAGCUAAUUAGUUUUCGAGUGUUAUCGGGAGACUUUGGCCGAGACUAUGCCGUCAAUGAUGACAGUACCAUUACAGCUUGUGUCAAGGUGAUGCGCAUGUUGUACUGCGUCAACAUAUUUUCUUGUACUGCACCCUGCAAUAACUCAAACCAUGCAUCGGUAGACCGGAUGGAGACUGACGACUCGUCCAAAGGGGCACUCGACGUCUUUUCCUUUGGUAUGGAUCCCCCCAGACUGGGCGCUAAACAAAAUAAGACAAGGAAGAAUGAUCCUCUUAUGUCAGAACUCGGAGUUAGCAUCCUUGAUUGUCGUAAACCUCCGGUUGCAUUUGCCGAUUUUUACAACGAACCCCUGAGUGACGUCGUAGAGAUGGAUCGCGAUUUUGCCUACUUUGCUGCUGCAUCGGAAGCGCCUCCUUCUGCUUCUAACGUUGGGUUAAAAAUUAGUUUCAUGAAUUUUCCAUUCAUUCUAACACCUGCUGCCAAAGCCCUCGGCCUGUAUUAUGACAAUCGAAUACGAAUGUACAGCGAACGGCGUCAAAGCAUUUUCAACAGCGUCAUGAACGGGCAACCGAGCAAUCCAUAUCUGAAAUUAAAAAUCCGACGUGAUCACGUUAUUGAAGACGCCCUAAUCGGUUUGGAAAUGGUCGCCAUGGAAAAUCCAUCAGACCUGAAGAAGCAGCUGGUGGUCGAGUUUGAAGGCGAACAAGGCAUUGAUGAAGGCGGUCUAUCGAAAGAGUUUUUUCAGCUAGUUAUCGACCAAGUUUUCAAUCCCGACUAUGCAAUGUUUGCCUUCAACUCUGAUACUCGCAACUUCUGGUUCAAUCCAACGUCGUUUGAAAGUGAUGCCCAAUUUACAUUGAUUGGCAUCAUCCUUGGAUUGGCUAUCUAUAACACAAUUAUUUUGGACAUCCAUUUCCCUAUGGUCGUCUACCGUAAGCUACUUGGCCGUAAAGGAACGUUUGAAGACCUUCAAGAACUCGACCCUACUCUUUGGAAAGGUCUAACAGAGCUUCUAGAAUACUCGGAUUCGGACAUGGAGGAAACGCUCAUGCAAACAUUUAGCAUUUCUUACAAAGACGUGUUCGGUGUUGUUUACAACCACGACCUAAAGGAAAACGGUGCCAGUUGUAAUGUGAACCUGGAAAACCGGCGUGAAUUCGUCGAACUCUAUGCAGAUUAUCUUCUCAAUGAGUGUAUUGGUAGACAAUUUGCCGCCUUCCAUCGCGGUUUUGCCAUGGUAACCGAUGAGAGUCCUCUGAAUACGCUCUUUCGGCCUGAAGAAGUCGAACAGCUUGUUUGCGGCAGUCACAUUUUCGACUUUGAAGAACUUCAAAACGCCACAGAAUACGAUGGGGGCUUCGAUAAUAAAUCGGAAACCAUCCAACAUUUCUGGUCAGUUGUACAUGAAUUGAGUGUCGAAGACAAAAGGCGUUUGCUUCAGUUUACGACAGGUUCUGACCGCGUACCUGUAGGUGGAUUAGGUCGAUUGAAAUUGAUCAUUGCUCGUAACGGAGCGGAUUCAGAUCGGCUUCCAAUGGCUCACACAUGCUAUAACGUGCUUCUACUACCCGAAUACAACAACAAGGAGAAACUAAAAGAACGCUUGAUGAAAGCUAUUGAUUAUUCGAAAGGCUUCGAAAAGGUUGGCGAAAUGUGUUUCCGUCUUCACACUGCUAGAUUGACCAUAGAAUCCAGGACGAUCAAGGUAAAAGGCUAAUUUUUACGUUAUAGAAAUGACGAUUACGUAUAUUUUAACGGGGUUAACACAAGAAAACGAGAAAAGCUAUCAGUGUAAAGAGAAAUGAAAGGGAGACGUGCACAGAACUGGCUGCGUUGCACAAAUCUCCUUGGCAGUAUUUAACACCCAAAAUUAGACCACCAGACAAGGUAUCUGUGAAUCCCCCAUUUUUCAAAGGGAUAUCGUUCGUCUUGUCUUGAACGGCUCCACAGAAGUAGGUAACAUUUACCGCUCUCCCAGCUUCAAAUUGCGAUGAGAAAAGAAAAACGUUAAAAUACUUGCAAGAAAGCAAAAUUCUUUGAGUUACGGCCUCACCUGAAUAGUAAGUAUAGCGGAUGCAAGAAUUGGCACUGGUCUUGGGGCAAGUUACUUUACACCCCCUAGUGUCACAAUAGUCCUUAACGAUAGCUGGAUCAGGUUCCGGGGACGAUGUAUCAUCUAUUUGCAAUAUUCAUAGUAAAUCUCAAGCCAAUUUUUUUUUUACGUGACUCAUUCUUUUGUUAUGAAAUUCCAUACUUGUAAAAACGAACGGUGUGAAGCACGGAACGAAUUUUCUGAUUCUGGCGCAGUCAGGUACCGUAUUGUUCUCCGUCACUCCGGGCCAGGUGAACUGGUAGCACUCAAAAAUGUUAUUUUCCGUCGUAUUGGCAGUCGUAGUAUCCCUUUUGUUGCGAAUAGGCUCGACUGUUUCCAUGACUC